GUGUUAGCGAGACUGAGGGGAUAAACCCAGUUUGUUUUGGACUGGGGAGGGAGAGGGGGAGGGGGGCAGCAGUCCAUGAGAGGCCGCCGGCAGAACCCACCAGCCGCCCACUGGACGGAACCGAGAUGUACUCCCAGGUCCCUCGUGACACCCCAUGGGUCCCGCUGCUUGGCCUCGCGUUCCUCUUCCUCCCCGCGGCCUACGCUGCCAAAUGCCCCCAGCAGUGCAUGUGCGACCAGAUCCAGCUAAGCGUCGCCUGCGUCAACAAGAACCUGACUGAGGUUCCUCCCACAGUGGACGAGAUCACGGUGAAAUUGGACCUUCGAGGGAACGACAUCCAGGAACUCCCCACCCGAGCGUUCAGACGCACCCCGUACCUGACUCACCUGUCUCUGCAGCGCUGCAACAUCCGUAGGGUGAAGGAGGGCGCGUUCCGAGGCCUCGGCCGCCUGGUCUUCCUCAACCUGGCAAGCAACAACAUUGACAUCCUCUACCAGGAGUCCUUCGACGGUCUGUCCUCGCUGAAGCAGCUCACGAUAGACCGGAACCGCGUUGAGGAGAUCCAGCCCGGAGCGUUCUCCCAACUCGGCUUCCUGAACCUGCUCUCGCUUACACACAACCAACUUGUCUACAUCCCCAACAUGGCCUUCCAGGGUUUGCAGAACAUCAAGUGGCUUCGUCUCAGUCACAACUCUUUAAACUACUUGGACAUUGAAGCCUUCGCUGGCUUGUUCACCCUCAACCGGCUCAGUCUGGACCACAACGAGCUGCAAUUUUUUCCCACCGAGACCAUGACCAGAUUGCCAGAAGUGAUCCGCCUGGAUUUGAGCUACAACCCCAUGACGUACCUGGGUGAGGAGUCCGUGUCCAUGGCCAAGCUGAGUCACCUCUUCCUGGAUCACAUGUCCCUGCAGGACCUGGCUAACACGGCCGUAUCCAAGUCCCCCAGCCUCACCCACUUGGACCUCAGCCACAACCAACUACGUGUCAUCCAACCGUUCUCGGAAGGCACCCCUAAGCUGGCUCGGCUCCACCUGGCCGGAAACCCCAUCUACUGUAACUGCUACAUGCGUCCACUCAGGGAGUGGGCAAUCCGUAGUAAGGCGAAGCUGGUAGGCACAUGCGCAGGACCUUCGCACCUCUCCGGAGAGAUCCUGGAGGCUGUCCACCCUCCAGAGCUGCGCUGUCAGAGCCAGGAGGCCAUGCUGAAGGCAGAGUUUGAGGAGGCAAGUAGAAGAGAGCCGCCACCCACUGAGGAGCCGGAGGACAAAGUCAAGUGUCCCGCUAACUGUGUCUGUGAGGCUGAGACGCACCAUUCCUCCUGUGAGAACCGCGGUCACACCAAAGUUCCUCGGGGUUUCUCUCCCGACACGCGCCUCCUUGACCUGCGUGGCAACAACUUCCACUACAUCCCAAGCAACAGCUUCCCUGGCAUCUCCCAGGUGGUGUCGCUGCACCUGCAGCGCUGCCAGGUCGUAGAGGUGGACGACGGAGCUUUCAGCGGCAUGAAGGCCCUCAUUUACUUGUACCUCUCAGAGAAUCACAUCUCAUCCCUCAGCCCUGAAGCAUUUAAAGGACUCCCUCAGCUGACUUACCUCCACCUAGAGAAGAACAGCUUCACAAUCUUCCCGAAAGGAGCCUUCAAACUGCUUCCCGGUCUACUCGCGCUUCAUUUGGAAAACAACUCCAUUGCCAAGCUCGAGGCGAACGCCCUGAAUGGCGCCGAGAGCCUCAGAGCCCUCUACCUCACGGGGAACGCCGUUGACCACGUGUCACCGAAAGCUUUGGAGCAGGCCGCUGAUCUCGAUACGCUCCACCUGGCAGGGAACAAGCUGAAAGAGGUGCCCACUGAAGCCCUGAGAAAUUUGGAAAACAUGAAGGACCUGAGACUGUCGGGGAAUGCCAUUCGCUGGGUGGGGUCAAAUGCCUUCCAGCCUUUGGGGAAAUCGCUGAGGGAGCUUUAUUUGGAUAAUAUGGGUUUGGAGAAGAUGUCGCAGAGCUCCCUGGCAGGAUUGGGUCCAGGUUUGAGGAGUCUCUUCCUGGAGGGCAACCAACUGGAAGAGGUGCCGGACCUCCAUCCGCUCUCCUCUUUAGAGGUCAUCAACCUGGCGGACAACCCUCUGAUGUGCGACUGCCCUCUACUGCCACUACGCCUCUGGAUUGAGAAAGUCAACCUAAAGGUACGAGCCACCUGUGCCAACCCACCUGAGCUAAGGGGUCGUAGAGUCAAAGACGUCCAUGUUUUCAAGGCCUGUCCAGGAGGAGAAGCUCUUCCCUCUGUUCCUAGUGUGGCCCCAAAGCGCGCUAAGACGCCCAAGGCGACGAAACCCAAACCGAUGCACCUUGGACGCGUUAAGCAGGGCAAGAUGCUCAAAACCAAAUCCAAACUUCGCAAGAGCCCAAAGAUGAAAGCGGCCAAGAAAAGGGCAUGAACCUGCUGUGCGCCUACUAAACCAAAGCUCCAAUAGUUUCAUGUUUGCAGUAUGUCCUCAGCUAAGAGUCUCCAUAGCAUUAGAUGCACAUUCUCAAUGAUGGUCAUGUUUUCCAAACCUUUACCAUCUGAAGGGGUCAUCGAUACAGAACUGACAAUUGGCCUGAUGCUGGCAACCACUACACAGCAAUUAAUUUGCUAAUCUUAUAGGGGACAAAUAACAAAUUGACUUUUUAUUGUUUACAUUGUUUAUUGUUGGGUCUCUGGAGUGCCUGCUCACACAUCAAGUGUGAAAUUAAACAACCAAGUAAAUCUA